UUUACCAAACACUUUCUCCUUUUUUCUCUUUCUAUAUCUCAUUCAUUUUUCCUUCUCCUUUGGUGUGUUUUUGAGCUGUUUAAAAUCAUCAUAGACUUCAACAACAACAAUAAACAACAUCACAAAAUGAAUGGUGAAGGUGACAUCUGUGUUAAAAAUUUUAGUAUCAUGCUCUUUGGUAAGAAGAUUCAGCCCAACUCUUCAACCAUGAAUUCUUGCAGUAACUCAAAGCACAAAGGAAAUGAAAUGCCUCAUAUUCAAAACAUUGAGAAAUCAAAGAAUUCUUCUAAUGAAGAAAAUGAAUCAAAAGUUAACACAAGCACUGUGGAAGAUAAUAUGGAGACAAGCAGCACAGAUCAAGACAAAGUCUUAAAGAAACCCGACAAAAUUGUUCAAUGUCCAAGAUGCAACAGUUUCGACACGAAAUUUUGUUAUUUCAAUAACUAUAAUGUCAGUCAACCUCGGCAUUUUUGUCGGAAAUGUCAUAGAUAUUGGACUGCCGGUGGAAAAAUGAGAAACGUUCCUUUCGGUGCAGGGAGACGGAGGAACAAGCAGAUAGCUUCUCAAUAUCGCCACAUGAUUGUAGCUUCCGGUGGAAUUUCAACCUCAAAUUUUGAAAGCAACGAUUCUUCUACCGAAUCUGCUGCGGUUUUCAGGUGCUCAAAUAAUAAUGGUAUUGUCCUAAAAUUUGGUCCGGAAAAUGAAUCUAACGAUUCGAUCUUUAAUCCUAACAACCACAAGAGAAAUGUUGAUGCAAAUGCUAACAAUUGUAGAGAAAAUGGGGAUGAAGAAUCAUCAUUAUGUCUAUCUUCUCUGACAAACGGUUAUACUCGAGGAAACGAGUUAUCCGAAUCCGAACAUAAUAGGUCAAAACCAUUGCAGAAUUACUCUGCAUCUUCAUGGAUGAUUCCACUGAAUCAAAGCUUGAACAAUGUUACUUCCAUGGUUCAAUCUUCAAUGCAGAUGUGUCACCCUUAUGGCGUUGAUCCUAGCUCAAUGCAGUGGUGCCAUAUGCCGAACAUUGGCUUGCAAUUUGUUCCUGAAUCAUUUAAGAACGGAUCAGUUUCAAUAGGUUCAAAUAAUUGUAUUUCGCCUUCUUCAUCUACUACUAGCUAGUAAUAGUUGUCGCUCCGGUAAUAAAUCACUGAUCCUUGGAAAACACACCAGAGAUUCUGUUUUGAUCGACGACAGUAAUCUUGGACCGACUCUAAUACCAUCUGAAAAUUUGAGUUCGGCCUAACAUAACUGUUACAAUAUUGGUUUGUAAGGAAAAAGAUGUCUUCUGUGCAUAUUGCUUUGUUCACAUAGUUCUUUGUGGAACCAUUUGUGUAAUUAAAUUUUAGUGAUGUACUUGAAUGAAUUAUGUUAUAUGAAAUUAAUGAUUCUUGGAAUUGCAAAUGAA